UUGUGUAUCUUAUCUGAUGCCUCUUUCAGCUCAUUGCUAUGGACAGUGCUAUCACCCUGUGGCAGUUCCUCCUUCAGCUCCUGAAGGAGCCUCAGAACGAUCACAUGAUCUGCUGGACCUCUAAUAAUGGGGAGUUCAAGCUUUUGCAGGCGGAAGAGGUGGCUCGUCUCUGGGGGAUUCGAAAGAACAAGCCUAAUAUGAAUUAUGACAAACUCAGCCGCGCCCUCAGAUACUAUUAUGUAAAGAAUAUCAUUAAAAAAGUGAAUGGUCAGAAGUUUGUGUACAAGUUUGUCUCAUACCCAGAGAUUCUGAACAUGGAUCCAAUGACAGUGGGCAGGGUUGAGGGAGACUGUGAAGCUUUAAGCAUCAGCGAAAUCAGCAGCAGCAGUUCCAAAGAUGUGGAGAGUGCGGGGAAAGAGAAGCCUCCCCAGCCUGGUGCCAAGACCUCUAGCCGCAAUGACUACAUACACUCCGGCUUGUAUUCUUCAUUUACCCUCAACUCUUUGAACUCCUCCAAUAGGAAGCUUUUCAAAUCUAUAAAGGUUGAGAAUCCGGCUGAGAAAUUGGCAGAGAAAAAAUCUCAGGAGCCAGCACCAUCUGUUAUCAAAUUUGUAACAACACCUUCCAAAAAGCCACCAGUUGAACCUCUUGCUGCCGCCAUUUCAACUGGCCCAAGUAUUUCUCCAUCUUCAGAAGAAACUAUCCAAGUGUUAGAAACCUUGGCUUCCCCCAAACUGCCUUCGCUGGAAGCCCCAGCUCCUGCAUCCAGUGUAACUACGGCCUUUACCACCACCCCUCCUAUUUCAUCUGUAUCCCCUUUGCAGGAACCUCCUAGAACACCUUCACCACCACUGAGUUCCAACCCAGACAUGGACACAGACAUGAAGUCAGUGGCUUCUCAGCCAAUGGAACUUCCAGAGAACUCGUCACUGGAGCCUAAAGACCAGGAUUCAGUUUUGCCAGAAAAGAACAAAACAAAUAAUUCAUCAAGGUCCAAGAAACCCAAAGGGCUAGAGCUGGCCCCGACCCUCGUGAUCACAGGCAGUGAUCCAAGCCCACUGGGGAUAUUGAGCCCUUCUCUCCCUACAGCUUCUCUCACGCCAGCACUUUUUUCACAGACGCCCAUCUUACUGACCCCCAGCCCCUUGCUCUCCAGUAUCCACUUUUGGAGUACUCUGAGCCCUGUUGCUCCCCUAAGUCCAGCCAGACUGCAAGGUGCUAACACACUUUUCCAGUUUCCUUCUGUGCUGAACAGUCAUGGGCCAUUCACUCUUUCUGGCCUGGAUGGCCCCUCCACCCCUGGCCCAUUUUCCCCAGAUCUACAGAAAACAUGACCUGUGCGCUUGUGGAAUGAGAGAACCAAGAAAUAACAAGACAGAGAGACUUUCACCGUGAUUACAUUCAAAGUGAGCGGUUGAUACUUCCACAGUGCUGAUAAUAGACUGCGGUGAUUUUUGCCAUUCUCCAUUAAAAUGCUUUUUUAGGAUUCUCUUUGAAGAGGACUCAAGUCAGACUGUGUAAAAAUGCCUUAAUUGGAGUCCAAACUCCACUUCCCUCUUUUUCUUUCUUUUUUAAAAAUGUUUUGGAUUUUGUGUUACAUUUUUGGUGGGGUUUAGCAGCUAGCUAUGCUUUGCAAGAGCAGCUAAGAACAAAGUUACUCCUUCUGCCUUACUGGGACCCUUUAGCCAGGAAAAAUUUAUGCUUUGAGUAUAUUAUUUAAAGAAAUAUAAGUUAAAUGAAAUUGGCCAUAUGCUUUGUUGAAUACUAAGAAUGAGUUGUGCGUAAGUAGUGGAGGGAGAAGAAUCAUUCCUGUUCACACAAAGUAAGAUUGGAGCAGGACUGUUGGGGAGGCUCUGUUUGGCUGUCAGCUGUAACACACAUAAGCACCUCCACAGAAAGGCGUCUUGCUUACGUUUACUCAGGCUGGGUCUCCUAGCCGUAUGUGUGAUCUUGUCUGAACCUGUCAGCAGAGCAUGGAGCUAGUUUAUUCCCACAUAGGAAGACCUUUGAGCCUGAGGCGUAAGACAGUGUUUGGAACAAUCAGUGAGAAUAGGGGACCCUGUCUCUGGCACAGGAAUGUCAUCUGCUCUGUGGGUGGAGUGAGCACACACCUGUGGAAUACAGCUUGCUAGAUGAUGGCUUUUGAGGGGAUGAACCUGGAUCUUGAAAUUUUGAGGCAUCUCUGAAUCAAAGAUUCAAUUGAAUAACUUGAAACAAGUGGGGCUUUUCCCAGGUAUAAGGUACCCAGUGUGAAGGACCCUUUCUUCUGUUCAUUUUAUCCUGUUUUCUACUUUGUGUUUAUCUUUUAAAUUCAAGGUUGUUAGAGGCUGUGAUAGUUUUAACGAUCUAAUUAGGAAGAUGAAAAGCAAAGUGAAGCCUCCAAGUCUGUGGUGAGGUGAAGAUACGCUUUUUUGAAAAAAAAUUUUUUUUUAAUUGGGAGCAGAAUCCAUUUGGAAGCGCUCAUACAUAGGGAUUGGAUUAUUUAUUUUUGUAGUGAAAAACUUAGGCCUUCAUCUCUACCAAAUUUAUAAAAUAUUACCAUAGGGUAAUCAGUGCCAGGUCCAGGCAGAUUUGCUGAUCCCCCAAACUGAAUUAAUACCAACAUCACAGUGGUGUCUUUUGAAGAAUGAGGCUUUAAAAUCCAGGAUUAGAUGGUAUGCCGCACCACCAACCACUCUGCCCACUGAGCUAGUCUUUUAACCCUAGAAAUAGUUCCUAUAAUUGAAUCACCUGAACUAAAUGGAAAGCGGGAGUAAGGAUUUGAGGGCUUAACAUGACACUGCUAUAAACCAGCAUCGUCCAGAUGUAUAAUGUUCACUUUAGUUUGUUUAUAUACAGUGUAGAGGAACUCUAGUGUAAGACGUCAGUGCUAGUUCGUUAGUAGCAGAGGGACGGGAUUCAGGGAGCUGCCUUUAUAUUUGUAGCGUUGGAGACCUGUUACUGGUUCAUUUGUGGCCACCAGCGGAAGAGUUCUGUUCCUGAGAUGUGCAAUAGUGGUGUUGCAGGGGAGUGUCCAGUGGUGAUGGGGAGCAGACGUCCGGGGUGUUGUCCCCGACACGGAAUCAUUUCGUUUGCAUGCCUGUUUGAAAUUAGACUGCUCGGCAGCACUUUGCAAUAGUUGUAUUAGGUUACUUAACAUUUUGUACAUUAAAUAAGUAAAUAUUGAUGGCUUAAUGUAGAGAUAUUUUAAAUUUUGAAAGCACAAAAGAGUAUCUUUUUGAAUCAAAGGAGAAAAGCCAUUGGUUGGUUUUCACAGAUGAUAUCUUUGAUAAUUAACCGUGUCAGCACAGGAGUGCCCGGGAAGCCAAGGGCACCAUGAAGACUCAGUCAAAGCAACUUCCUAGGAACUAGUUUUAGUGAGUCCUCUGCCUCUGAGCCUCUCCCGGAAGUCUCUGAGAGGCGUGGGCCUUAGGGGGUUGAUGGUCAUCCGCUUAUUACUCUUUGAGAUCAGCUGUUGUGGGGAAGCUGGUGUGUGUGUUUGUGUGCGUGUGCUUGUGUGUUCACUUUUUAAAUGAAAUGAAGCUACAGCCUUAGCGCAAGUAUUUGAGGCAGAUCAUUCUAUUUGUAAACUACCUCCUUCCUGGGAAAGUCUCUGUAUUUUUUUGCGCAGCCACAGAGUUCUUAGCAGCAAAAGGUGACAUACCAACUUAAGAUCAGUCUUCACUGGAGAGACUUAACAUUUGGUAGCCGUAGCUGGUGUCCGUCACUAGUCACUUUGCCAGGAUGAAUGCUGGUGGGCAAAAGUGGCCCAAGUGAAGACGGGAGCAUGUUGAAUGAGUUUUUGAGACUAACACGGUGAUCAACUUAGCUUUUCUUUUGCCCUGGCCCUUACCUAGUCAGUUGGAUGCUGAGCAACAUUUAACAACCAGGCCCUCCUUAGGGGUAAAAAAGACCCUUAAAUUGUAGCAUUUGCUGAUUUUCCAUGAUGUAAGUUAUCUCCCCUGUGGCGGAUUCUAAGCGGCCACCUUGGGGUUGAGAAGGGAUGUACCGCUGGCUCAGAGCCACACGCUCAGCCAGCGAGCCGCUGCGUUCAUUCCACUCUGAGGGCAUUUUCAUGUACUUUCUAAAAUCACUGUUUUCUUUUUGGUUUGUCACACUUCUUUUGUGAUGUAAUAUUCCUCGUGGCAUAUUUUGUGUGUUCAAAGGUGAAACUUCUAUUGAUUUGAAAAAAUUUAUACAUAAUGGAAGAAUCUAGAAACCCUCAAAAGGUCAACCUUAAGCUUCUUCAGAGGUCAAAUAUAGGUUUACUUUUUUUACAUUUUGGUGGUUAAAAUACAGAUACAGUGAUUUUUCUUUAGAUUUUGAUGGGGAAAAUAAGCCCAAGAGCCCAGAUGGUAAAAGGGUACUAGGCGGUUUUUCACACUGGAGUUUUUCUUUUUUUACACUCAAAGAAUUCCUUGAAGAUUACAUACUAUAUUAGAGAUCAAAAAAGGCAAAACUGACUGUUGUAUCUCUUUACAUGGCAUGGUUUCUGGCUUUCUCCCUACGAUGUGUCACUUAGACUUGGAGAGGAUGCCAAGUCAGAGGCUUGGGGUUCUGGAGCUGUCACUUCAGGCUGCUGCUAUGACCCCUUCAGUUCCAUUCACACCUGGCACUGUGUCAGGUCAUCUGAUGACACUGCUUCACCCUGGUCUCAUCAUUUGUGUUGUGAUUCUAAAGUUCCCAAAGACAGUUUUGUAUAUUUCUAGUGAAUUUAUGCACAUUAGAGACACUCAGUGGCAUUUCAGAAAAGCAGUCUCUAACCUUUUGGAACACACACCUGAAUCAGUAACAGGUUUUGAACACAGAUUCCCCAUUGCAAAUUCAUAUGCAUAUACAUCAAGUUAUAUACUGCUGGACUGAAGUAGUAUGUAUGUUACAAGACACAAAUACACAAAAACAGAAGUUAAGGAUGGCAUAAAAAUAAAUCUUGAGUGGAAAUUCUAGUAUUUUCUUCCUGCACCCAGUGGACUGUCUUCUGCACACACACCACCCCCCCCCCCCGUAGCAUGUACUCGACUUUAAGGACCCCUGAGUACUGUUUCUCAGUCUAAUCUUGGGGGAAAAAAUGUGGAUGCCUUAUUGUGAUACAUGGGAAAACCCUUUAUGUAUUUGAUCUGAUUUUUAUGUAAAAUCUCUAGAAGAUACUAGGAAUUUUUCAGGAAAGCUUGUCAUCCUCUCUACCAAACUUCAUAUUAAUUCUUUUUCAUAAGUUGCUAAACAGCCCAUUACCAGGUGCUUUCCAGAGCUUCACACGUAUCACUUUUGACAGCCUGUGUCUCUUUCCUUUUCAUCUGAGGUAUCACUUUAUAAUUUACUUUUAUUUUGCUAAGUGCUCACAAACUUCUUUGGGCCUUUUUCAUGUUUUAUUUUACCAACAGUUUCAGAAUCACUUCAAGUUGCUUUAUGCUUAAAUUGCCUAACAACCUCCAUUUUCUUGCUGCAUUAGUGUUUUUGAUUUUUUAAAAAUUGGUACCAUUUUUGGCAUCUGAAGAAAUACUUUCUUGAUGGGUCUGUUCUAUCAAUCACUUCACUUGGUGUCUACAUUUUAUGUACCCCUGCCAGAAAUCUAGAGCUGUGCUGAGGCGCCAUUGCUAGGUGUGUAAAUAAACACGGCAGCAAGUGCUAGGUCUUUGUGUGGAAGCCUGGCGCUCUGAAGGAAGGGCUGCACCAGCAGGAGAGUUCCACUCCUCACCAGCACGGACUCUGUGACCCGCGGGCGGGACAGACAUGGAAUGGGAGAAGCUGAUUGGUCAGUUCGUGGUAGUGAAGUGGAGGUCAGCCGUAAUUGUCUUGAGCAGGUACUCUGACCAGAGGAUUAGUUUGAUGGAAAAUGUUUUUUGUUAAUUAUUGUCUUGGUUUGGGGUCGACAAAUAAAUGUCUUGUUACUGUUUUUAGUGCUGCUGGCAUUGCCUGAAACAAGGUGCCCUGUUAGUCCCCUGUGUCAUCAGAACCGUGCUUACUGAAGUUGAAAUUUUCAUCUUAGAAUCUAGAAUUCAUGUGGGUGGUGGUGUAUUAAGCAAGAAAAGAAGGCGGUUUGAUUUCAUUUCUUGUACUCGGUGGAACCCGUUAGGAUAAAAAGUCAUGUUUUUACCUAUAAACAGGGCAGAUCUGAAAGGUGAGUUGUUGUUGUAGUAUAAAUGUUCCAUUUGAAGCUGCCAGUUUCUUCACGCUACUUUUCUGGGGGGAAAAAAUUGUGAUAGAUUGACAGCCUGCCAGGACAUAGCAAUUUCUAGGGCGCUGCCAUCCACACGUAGCCAUUGUGAAAAUGGAAAUGAGAGUGGUUUGUGUGAGAGGGAAAGUGUUGGCUCUGAGCUUUCUACAGAAACCAGGAAAUGCAAGCUGUUGUUAGCAUCAUUUUAAAUGAAACCUCUAACAAGAAAAUUUGUGAGGGAUACAAUCAAACACAGUAAGUCUCUUGAACGCUAAUCUUUUGAGUAUAAUGCACAUCAGCAAGUUUAAUGAGGUUGACAUUUUUAUUUUAAAAUACUUAAUUAGGAAACGAGAGCAUUUCUUUCCAAGGCAUUCUGAUGUUUUGGCUGAGUGCAUAUGUGUGUGUGUGUUGUGUAUGUGUAUAUACUGAUGUAUUGACUGAAUAUACGUUUGUGUGUAUAAAAAAUCUAUUUUUCAGAGGGAUCAUAUAUUCAUCCUAGUCUAGGAUUGUUCCUAGGCUAUUUUAUACUAAAACUUAAGGGAAAAAUUUGGCUGCACUUUGCAGUUGCCACUUUUUAAAAAUUAAUGCCUUGCACAUUUCAAUUUUUUUAAAAUACAUAGAAUCAUAAGCCUUAAAGACUAAUUGCUUGUCAACAUUUUAGAAAUACCGUACAGUGCUAUGUGUGACAUACGCUAAGCAAAGUCAUCUUAAACUGUUCUCUUAUGUUCAUGUAUUAUUGAGCAAAUAAGGGUGUUCUUUUUUUAAAUUUCUACAUUUAUUUUUGUGUAAAAUCCUUGUUACAUUGGGUUCUAAGUUUCUUAGAGAGGAGGUGUAUACUAGAAGUCGUGUUUCUAAACUACAGAUCUGACCAUGACUCAUAUGGUGGGGGAGGAAUUCUGGCAUCGUAGCCUAAUCUGUCCUCAUGAACUGUACAUAGUAAGCAUUAGCAGAAACCUCGGAGUAUCUUGGGUUGAAUGUUCUUCCAACUUUGCCUUGGUUCCCAUCUCAUAAGGGCCCGUUCUGGUUCUGAACCCCUCCAAGGAUUAUGAGCCACGCAAGGACAGGCCUGGGAUCUUCUGGACGGGAUGAGGGUGGGGAGGUGCCCUGUGGCUUAAGUUUCAGCCAGUGAAAUCACUCAAAGUUGCCUAGAGUUUAGGGGUGGGAAUGCCGCAUACUGGUAUGAAAUCACUUGGCACUUUUGGGGGCACCAUUAUUAGCACUGUUUUAUUUUUAAUAACUGGAAGCGCUUAAUGAUUAUUUUGUUAAAUUUCAGCUUAAGGAUAUUGAGGGUCAGGGAAGUAAGGUUUAUUUCUUGUUUAUAUUUUCUGGAACUUAUGUUGGAGAAGGGAUAAAUGAUAAAUGACCCAAUGAGCCAUUCUAGGCUCUGUAAGGUAUGCUCUUUUGGCUAGGAUGUUUUAAAAUAAUUUACAAGCUUUUAAUACUGUGCUUCGUAGAAAUGUAUGAGUUUUAAUGAUUUGUAGUUGGUGGGUCAUACUCAGCUUUGUGAGCUCGCCAAUUUUAAGUUUCUUUCCUAUUUAAUCAUUGUUGCUAAUUAUUGUCUGUCAUGUAGGGGACACAGUCCCUUCUAAGACAUUUCAUACUUUUAAUUUUUGAUGGCAGUAUUACCAGUGGGCUUUAUAUGUACAUUACAUUCAUUGUUUAUGUGAUAAAGUAGCAUAUUGUCUGAAGUUCCCCGUUCUGUAUUAGUGAAAUUAACUGAGGUGCAUAUAUAUAAAGAUAGAAAAGAAUACAAUUAAUGUUUGAUUACUCAGGCCUGUUUAUUUGGGUUGGCCGUUCGAUCUUUUCCCAUCACAAUCAUAAGUGUUUCUUCACUUUUACCUUCUAGCAGUUUCAUUGAUCUUUGUGGGCAGGGAAGAUUAAAUAUGAAACUCAGUCUAGUCAUUUUGCUGCUGGUUGGCUUUGGUUUGAGGCAAAUACAAUUUUUGACUAAAAUUGGUUUUUCUUUUUAGAAUUAUGCCCUUUUCACCAGAUAAUCAAGUUGGCUUUUUUUUUAAAGUGUAUAAUGUUGUGUUUUGCAGAACAAACUAAUAAUUUUCUAUGAGCCCUACUGGAUCUUCAAGUGGUGGAUAUCACUUGAAAAUUAAAUAGUGUUAAACUUUUGAUUUUCACCGAAGCAGUCUGUGAGUCAGGAGGAAGGCAUCUGUCUGCUGUGACGUCGACAAAGAGAUGCGUUCUUCUACGACCGUGUCUGCAGUUUGGGCUCUGUGGUAGUAAGAACUCGUCGGGGUGCUUUCCUCAAACCUCUGUCCAUUCAGCUGAGGAGACAGUUACUUCAUUGUUUAUUUUCCCCCUUGUUUAUCUUUUUUUUAAUUUUACUUUGAAAUCUAUCUCAUAAUAUCUAAUACCCACUACUUUGGUAUAAAUAGAAUACAUAUGAUGCCAUUGCACACUUAACCAAAAGUGUCAUUGAUAACUUGUCUUGAUUAAUUUCAACAUAAUUUACAUUAGGGAGACCUUCAGAGUAUUAAAAUCAUUUUUUUUUCCCUAAAAAGCAACUCAAAUGAUGGUAACUGCUAACAUUAAUACCAUGUUAAUUGAUGCAACUGGAGAGAAACUGCCACAUCUUCUAGCUAAGCAGUCUGACUUCACCUGUUGGGAAAUGAAGGGAUGUUGUUUUAGGGAGGUUAGGAUGGCUGGAGCCAGAGCCUUGAACUCUUCUUGUGCCCGGCAAAGAAGCUUUACAGAGCUUGGGGUGGUGAGCAAGAGCAUGCGCUAGCACUUUGAGGGCUUUAUAAUAUGCUGCUUUUAAGAGGAAAAAGUGUAGUUGAUACUCAGUGCAUCUCCAGACACAGGAAGGGGUUGCUCUGAAUAGCCAAUCAGGUGAUCUUUUUUUUUCUCUUGCUUCAAGUUUUAUGCAAAAAUUAUUGUUCAAUUCUGUAAUGAUGAUACGCAUCCUUUUAGAAAGAUGAUACAUUUAAAAAAUUAUUUUAUGUAAGAACUGACAGAGGAAUCUGCUUUGUAUAAUGGCAAGCUGGCUUUAAGAAAGCACUGUAUCAAAUUUACUAAAGUCCAAGAUUAUAUCGAUGUGUUAAUAGAUGUAUGUGCAACUAGAUAUGGACAACAAUUGUAUUUUUUUAAAUAAAUAUUUUUAACAAAAUGA